UCCAGUGGGCUUAUUAAAACUGAAACAACUGCACAAGCCAUCAAACAUCUCGCAAAAAUGCGUAUCACCGUUUUGUGUUGUUUUCUGCUGUUCAGCUGCGCUCUCUCGAGAACCGUGACGAAGGCGCUGACGGAGUCCCUCGGGCAAGAGGUUAUUGAGAUUGGAGCCCCGCUUAAAGAAAUUCAACCGGAUUUAGAAGAGGAGCCCUCUAUGGAAAAGGAUGACGAUGAUACUACGAGAGCAGCCCCCGCCACUAAACGAGACGCUAAGAAGGCCCCCGGCUCGAUGGUGGAUGGGAGACGCAAGUUGAAGGACGUUGACAGGAUAGACGGGGUAGAACAGGAAGACGACGAACAACGCGUCGAGAAAGAGAUAGCUGACAUCUACAAGGACAACGAUUACAAAGCGGACAGUAACGAACUGAAAACCAGUGGCGAAGGCGAAACCGCUUUAAGGCAGGGGAAGAAAACUGAUUUCGUGUUCGCGCCCAAGAACAUAAACGACCCUCAGCAGGUGGAGAAAUUCCGGACAUCCCCCGACUAUAUAGACUGCAAAAAAAAGAAGCUCGCUGGCGUACAAGUUUCAGCCAGACUUGAACAAUCCGAGAGAGGUGGACCUAUUCCGGACCUCUCGGGACGAUCUAGCGUGCGAAAAGAAGUCAAAACUCCUUCAUGACACCAGGACUACCCCCAGUACUCAAAAGGCGGCAAGCACUUAUGUCAGUAUGGCGCUGUUUACUAUGUGCACCCUGGGUAUUUUCUACUCGUAAUUAAUAUAGAAUAUUUUAUUUUUUUACGUUUCAUGCCUUAUUACUUAUUUACUUUUGUGGUUAUAAAUUAUGAAGUAUGGAAUAAAUUAUGGUUUUUAACACCAA